CCCGUCUCAGUUUGUUGCUGGAUAAUGUUUCACACGUUCGUCAACAAUUUUUCGGUUCAGCGUAAUUUCCCGCGCUCCCGAGAAUUUGCAGUGAAAAAGAAUCCGGGAAGCAGUCACGACGAAGAGAGUGCGAUGGUUUCAUAAACAUACAAAGCCAUUUUUAUCUCUCGGCUGCAGCUGCAACACAUUACCGGACAACAUCGAGGAUAUUACAAUUACUUACAAUGGCUACGCUUGAUAUUGAUCCCACGUUCAAGCACGCGUUGAAGUUACUUCAUUCUGCAAAUUCCGAAUCCGCGGAAAAGAUUCGCAACCUGCUCGAUGAGCUCAUCAAACAACGUUACGGCAAUGGUAAAACGUUAAUUAACACGCUUAACAAAAAACACUUGGCCGAAGAACCAUUGGCUGUUGGUAGUAAUCUGUAUGUCCGCAAGCAGAAAGUGAUAGAACCGAAACCAGUGGCCGUAAUAGAUUUGGAUCCAGAUCCGGAAACAAUCGUUUCCGGCACCAUCGAGUGCCUUGUUGCCACGCCGGAAGCCCUAACGAUUCCACCAUCGGGUCCAAUUGUGAUUUCGACAUCCGACUUAGAAGGCGACGACGAUGACGACGUAGUUAUGGAAGAGGAUAAGCUAAAAGAGCUGGAAGAUCUGAUGUGUGUUGUUUGCCGCCUGAUGGACGUUAGCUCUCGCAACCGGCUGGUCGAGUGUGCCGAUUGUCACGCACUUUUCCAUCAAGAGUGCCACAAACCGAAUAUAUCGGAAGCGGAUGCAAACGACGAAGAAAACGCAUGGUAUUGCACCUUGUGUCGUAGCAAACAAGCCGUCAACAAAUCACACCCACCACCGAUGGUGCACGCAACUUCGAGUCCAAUAGCAACUUCUCCGUCACCGAUGGCUGGAAACUCUUCAUCGGUCCUCAAAUCCUCAACGCACUCGAAAAGUAGUAGCACUACUGGCAAUAUUAGCAAGCCGUUCGAAUCUAGCUCCACCUCCAGCAGUAAGCACAAGUCGUCCAGCUCUAAAAGCAAUAAUAGUUCUAGCAAAUCGUUGGAUUCUUCACAUGAACGCGACAAGGAUCGUGACCGUGAACGAGAUCGAGAGCGGGAUCGCGAAAAAUCUUCAAAAUCUUCUUUAAAUGUCUUGUCCUCAUCAAACAGUUCAGGCAGUUCGUCAUCAAGCAGUGCUAUUGGUACACCUAGUAUAAAUAUAAUCAGCGCGGACAAACGAAUCCAAAUGAUGAAGAAAAAAGCGGCAAAAAUGCAUGAUAAUAAACGAAAGCAUAAAUAGUUUUACGCUACAGUUCAACGAUCUGUAUUCCAUACUUUAUUGGGCCUGAACCAAGUGUUGAAACAUGGGCUUUAAGAUUAAAUAGAUUAUGCUCGAGAAUCAAUGUCUUGGGGAAACGGCAAUUAAUGCGAAUCAGCUCCAAAACUGAAAGAGAAAACAUGUAUGCUUUGUCGAU